AUGGAAAAAGGAAAGAAUCAGAAAAUGAUGGCGCUGUCGUUGAAGGGUUUACCGCAGCAAAUUCAAAACCCAAUCGACCAAAUUCAAACGCGCUACAAACACUUAGAAAAUGGUUUCAAGCUUUGGCUCUCCAAACAGUCCAUCGCCGUUGAAGCCGCUGUUGUUACCACCACCAGCGCCGCUCAAGGCGCUGCUAUUGGUGCUUUUAUGGGUACUCUCACCGGUGACGCUCCCGCUGCUUUUGCUCCGCCUCCUAAUGCGGCUCUUAACCCUCAAGCCAUGGCUUCUCUUAAACAAGCACAGGCUCUUGCUGGAGGUCCUUUGAUUCAGGCUCGGAACUUUGCUGUUAUGACUGGAGUUAAUGCUGGUAUUACAUGUGUUUUGAAAAGGUUGAGAGGAAAGGAAGAUGUUCAAUCCAGCAUGGCGGCGGCUUUUGGUUCCGGGGCCUUGUUUUCAUUGGUAAGUGGUAUGGGUGGGCCAAAUCAAGCAACAAAUGCAGUGACAUCUGGACUAUUCUUUGCACUUGUUCAAGGUGGUCUUUUCCAGAUAGGACAAAAGUUUUCUCAACCACCGGCUGAAGAUAGUCACUAUGCUAAAACAAGAAACAUGUUGAACAACCUUGGUCUUCAGAAUUACGAAAAGAAUUUUAAGAAAGGCUUAUUAUCAGACAACACUUUGCCUUUACUCAAUGACAGCGCUCUCAGAGAUGUGAAAAUUCCCCCAGGACCCAGACUUUUGAUUCUUGACCACAUCCAGAGGGAACAUGAUUCGAGAGAGAAGCACGGAAGCCGCCGUUAA